UUUUUACAAUUUGACAAAUUUCAUUGUACAAUUUUUUUCGCCUGGCUUAGUUGCAUGAGACGCCAUUUUUCGAAAAAGACAGUCCCCUUUCUCCUCCGCUCUUUUCAAAAAACCUCUCUCUCUCAAUAUACUGGCAAAUAUCACGAACCCUGAAAACCAGAUUUUUUUCCUUUUUUUAUUUUAUGAAAAUGGUAUCGGAUUCGGACCUCGUGGCCCGGCUCCGAGAAAUCCUACGGGAUUCCGACCUGGACACCGCUACUGCUGGUAGCGUAAGGAGACAACUUGAGGAAGAUUUCAGAGUCGACUUAUCUGACAGAAAAGGUUUUGUGAGGGACCAAAUCGACAUUUUCCUCGAAACCCUAAAUCAAGAAAAUGAAAGAGAAGAACAAGAACCAGAAUCUGAAAAUUCCCACCUACAGGAAGAAGAAGAAGAAGAAAGCAAGGGAGAGGGAAGCCAAAAAACAAGGAGAGCAAGUAAAGCUGAUAAACAAGUCAAGAAAAGAGGUGGUGGCUUUCAGAAAGUGUGUAGCCUUUCUCCUCAGCUUCAAAAAGUUGUGGGAGAGUCUGAAUUGCCUAGAACUGAGGGAGAACAAUUUGCAAGACCCAAAGAACAAGCGGAAUAUUAUAUGUGAUGAAUCACUCCAUGCCAUUUUUCGCGUAAAUUCUAUUAAUAUGUUUCAAAUGAAUAAAGCCCUGACCAAGCAUAUCUGGCCGCUAAGUGCUGAAGAUGAAAAUGUAAAGCAUGAGACGAAAUGCGAAGACAGUGAUGAUUCUGUAUCAGUAGAUGCUGAAAAUGCAGAGGAAGAAGAGAAAGAAGAGGAAAGGGAUGAGCAGAUGGAGGAGGAGGAAGAAGAAGAAGACAAAGAACAAGAGGGUAAUGCACAUGGAAGCAAGCAAAAAAGGCCAUCUAAAGUAGAUAAAGACGUCAAGAGAAGAGGAGGUGGGUUUACUAAGUUGUGUAGUCUUUCUCCACAACUUCAGGCAUUUAUUGGAGAACCUGAGCUGGCCAGAACAGAGGUUGUCAAGAGAUUGUGGACCUAUAUCCGGGAGAAGAAUUUGCAAGAUCCAAAUAACAGACGAAAUAUAUUAUGCGACGAAUCAUUGCAUGCUCUUUUUCGCGUAAAUAGUAUCAACAUGUUUCAGAUGAACAAGGCUCUGUCCAAACACAUAUGGCCAUUAAAUGAGGAAGAUGCUCAUGCUGACUCAACAAAAAUGGAAAGGAAAUCUAAGCAAGCAAGAGAGAGGGGUGCAAAUGAGCCAAAACAGAAAGAAAAGAAGCAGAAGAAAGCAGGAUCCGGUUUUCUUGCUCCCCUUCCACUUUCAGAUGCUCUAGUGAAAUUUUUUGGUACUGGUGAAAAUGCACUAUCUCGUGCUGAUGUUGUGAAGAGAAUGUGGGAGUACAUAAAACAGAAUGAUCUGCAGGAUCCAUCUGAUAAGAGGAGAAUUUUAUGUGAUGAUAAGCUUAAAGAACUUUUCGAGGUGGACUCCUUCAAUGGCUUUACCAUCCCAAAGCUUCUGACCACUCAUUUCAUCAAGAUUUAACGGUGAGUUGUAUUUCUGUAUAUAACAUAAACCCAUAAGAAGUGGGCAAUUUUGCUUGGAGAUGAAAUUAGUGAUCUCACUGUUAAUUGUUACUGUUUAACAUCUUCUAGAAAUGGAAGCAGCAUCUUUGAGGAUGUUGAUAAAAACUUUCCUUAUUACCCUCUUGAUAGCCUAUUCCUUUGUUUAUCCUUGCCCAUUUGUUUUUUCCCCACACCAUUUUGCUUGGUUUGAGUUAUCAAAAGUUAGCUUUUUGUUUACCUUUUUUAUCCCCCUUGGGUUGGAUGGGACUUGGGACAGUAGUAGGGUUAGGAGGAGAAAAGGUGUUAGGGUGGGGUUUACCUUCUUUACAUGAUAUGCAUAAGAAGGGCACCUCUUGGAAAUUGACUUGGACAAAUAGAAAGUGGAAAGAUGAGAUGUGGGGCAUCUAGCUAGAAAGCUGGUUUGUUAUUCAUUCUGGUCUUUCAGGGACCAACAAGGUCAAAAGAAAUUUCAUAGCCUGUUUGAUCCUUUUACAACGAAAUUUGUUUUCUGGGAUAUGCAUGGUUUAUUUUGUGCCGUCCAACUGGUGUGCUUUAAGCAAUUGUCGGAACUAGCGUGUAGCUAAUAUCAUCAAAAUGUGUUCAGCAAUAUUCUUUCUUAAAGUUUACGCUUAUCUCGACCCUUAAGGUAUGUCAUCAAGAAUGUGUGAUCAAUCAUUACUGAACAUGCAACGAUGGAUAACGGAAAACUUGAAACAUAUACUAGUUGCCUCCAAGCCAGUGUUUCAGUUGUACUGGCCUGGCUCUGAAAAUUCUAGCAUAUGCAUUUUCUUUGGUGAUUGGUUUUUAAUGUUGGGAAAUGGGAACCAUGAAUUAUGAUUAUCCUACUAGUACUACCCUGUAAGACAAUCGUCCCUAAAACAUUUAUGAAGCUUUGGUGUGAGAGAUGUCUUCACACGCAUCUUUUUCACAGUUUUUCUGUAUAGCUAGAGAAGUUCACGCCAAAUUUGUUUAUGUUAGAAAUUGUGUACGGACUAUGGACACACUACCUUGAUCGUCAUGCUUGCCAUAAGAAUUUCCAUCUUGGCUCAGAAUAUCACGUGGAUAUCAUUGCAUUAUUCCCUUUGGUUUUUUUUUUCAUAGCUGAUGAGAGAUUGAGAACCAUCAAAUUGCAUAAUUUUGGAAUCUUUCUCAAGCUUUUGUUUUUUUUAACAAAUUGAAGAUCAAUUAGUAAUUUUGUAGAUUUUUUUUAUCAUUUUUGUUUUUUUGGGUAUGUUAUUUUUUAUGAACAAUGAGGGGUAAUGAGUGAAGGAGUGGAGGGCCAGUGUGGGCGAGAGAGUGAUCUCAGUGAUUGAUGAUGUGAAAUUAAAUUACAUAAAAAAGAAAACAGGACAAAAGGAGGAAUCUUUUGAAGUAUGGGACCCAUCAGUAUUCGAAAUGUUAAAAGCACCGCCGUCGGUAUGCGGCGAGCCGAUUCUAUGAUCUAUCAGUUCAUGAUCUGCCAGCCACGCACACCAUCCGACUGUGCGCCCACGUUGUGUACCACACUACCAUCCCCAAAUUGAAUUAUACGGACCACGACUAGGAGUGAGAAAGAAAAUUUUAAAAAAUC